AGACGACAAACCGAAAAAUCCAGGAGAUUCAUAAGAGAAUAGCCAAUAAGGAGGUAUCAACAAGUAACUUUCUUGAAACCCACAUAGCCUAGUACUGUUGGGAUUCCAGUACUGAUCAAACCUGUUUCGCGGUUUUACCAGGACGAAAUAGCCUCCAAAAGGUCGGCCCUCAACGUCCUGAAGAGCUGCAAUGAAUCGUUCAGAUAUGGUGUUGCCUGGAGAAAGGAGAUGCUGGACCAUCUCCAUCUUGCCCUGGACAAGCUGAGCUUUGCAAACAACGCAUACCGAGACAAUGUCACAAAGCAUUCGUUCUUAGGAGAGGAAGAAAUCGAUUACCGGGUAAUUAACAAUUUAACAUGCUGUUGUUGAUGGCUGCUUGUAGAAAUGUAGUCAUAAAUAAUGUUUGUGCUACAGAGGAUGAACUUCAAAAUGAUGCAUGGAAAGAAAAGCAUCCAGGCAGAGAGACGAGUGGUGAGGGAAAUCAAAACCAAGGAGGGAGAGGAGUCUCACGGUUCCAUGUCCUCGCUGGAAGAUAUUCACUCCAAAAUCAGAGGAAUACAGUACAGGGUGAGGUGCUACAGUAACGUCAAUGGUAAGGAAGAGCUUCUCAGACAGCUGAAACAACUUGAAAUGGAGAAGGAGAAAGUUAUUGCCAACUGUGUUGCAGGGGAGAAGAUAUGGAGAUCUUUGGGUUGGAGAAACGCCAUUCAAGAACAAAUUGGUGCCAAACAUAAGGAAGCAGAGGAGUCAAGGUUGGAACACUGGAGAGUGCAGGUUGGGAUUAGACGUGGUAAAGAAAGAUUAGAACAUUUGCAGGAAGGGGAUUGCUCAUUACACAAUCAGCUGAACGAUCUCCGGAGAAGAAAGCAAGAAGUACAUCUGCACAUCCUUGAUCUGAGAGAACAGCAAAAGAAUGAAGUCCAACAGUAACUUGUAACAAGUGUAUGGUUCUGUUUUUGGUCUGGAGCACCACCAAACCAAAUACAGCAUGGUUUACUUGGUUUCGUCAAGGAUUAUUUCAUCGUGAGCUACCGAAAG